AUGGCCAAGUCUUCGCCGCAGCAACAUGUCCAUGUGCCGAAGAAGAGUGCGUUCCACGUCAAGCGCAACGCGAUCUAUGAGCGAGCGAGCGGCACGACAAAGGGACUGGAUUGGAGCUUUAGGGACACGGGCGACAGCUGA